CUCCUUUUCAGUUGGCUAUCGGUGUGUGAGGAGAGCAGAGGAGAGAGAGCCGUGACUUUGUGUGACCCGGUGUAGAGGCCGCACGAUGUACAGCUUCGCACUGAUCACGGUGCCCGCCGUGUUACUCUUAUUGGGCGGGAGAGGAGCGGACAGCUCAGCUGGGUUCAUAAAAUCUCCACUCUCGGAGGUCAGACUGACAGGUGAAUCAGUGGAGCUACACUGCGAGGCCAUCGGGCGCCCCAUACCAGAGAUUCAGUGGUGGUUUGAGGCAGACUAUAACAACGAGAGUUUCUCUCAGCUGUGGGAUGGAGCUCGUGAAGAUAGAGUACAGAUGAACACAACCUAUGUCUUCCAUGCUACAAGCACACUCUAUCUUUUUGACCUGAGCCAAGACGACUCGGGAACCUAUGAGUGUCGUGCCAGCAAUGAUCCAGAUCGUAACCAUUUGACCAAGAUUCCUCGCUUCAAGUGGAUUCGUUCCCAAGCCAAUGUUGUUGUUAUAGACCAUCCACUUAUUGAAACCACCCAGCCAGAUGCAACUGGUGGGGAUUUGCUCAGUUGCAAUUUAACAGACUCUACUCUUGCCAUUUCUGGUCAUCAGUGGCUUAAAGGAGACAAAGUGAUACAUGAAGAUGAGUAUUCCUCCCAAAUUACAACCCACAAUAUUACUGCAGUGAAUGCAGAUACCUCUGGACAAUACACAUGCAAGUACCUGAGCUCUCCCGACGUGUAUGCAGUGAUUAACGUAACAGUUGCCCCUCAUGUUACGGCUUACAAGAAAACAGAACAUGGCAAUGAAGGGGACACUGGAGUUCUGACCUGCAAAAGUAACACCUUCCCACACGUAGAAGACUGGAUGUGGUCAGUGGUUGCAGAAGAUGGCAUUAAGUCCAUAGUGAACGGGAGUGAGGACCGUUAUUACAUAAAGUCCACUGGAAAUAAGACAGAGCUACGUAUUAACCAGCUGGAAAUUGAAAGAGAUGAACGUCAAUACAUUUGCAAUGGAUCAAAUAUACAUGGCACCACUGGGGCCACCAUCUCUCUGCAUGUGCGCAGUCGUCUUGCUGCCCUCUGGCCAUUUCUUGGCAUCGUAGCUGAAGUUCUGAUCCUAGUAACAAUCAUCUUUAUCUAUGAAAAGAGGAGAAAGCCAGAUGAUGUGCCUGAAGAUGAAGAUGGUGGAUCUGCACCUCUGAAAAGCAAUGCUGGUGCAAAUAAUGACACUGUGCGACAGAGGAACUCUAGCUAAGAUGCAGGUGAAGACUACUACUCCUAGAACAAGCUCCGGAGUUUUGCACUCAAGAGUUCAUUGGAUUCCCUGUCCCAUGACCUUUCAAAUAUAAUUGACAAUUCCUCUUGUGUUAUGUAUCUUGUGUAAUGCCUGGAAGACAUUGGCUUCUAGCCAUUAGCUAUACUGCUGGACUUUAUGUACAUGUGGUUCUAGUUCUGCUGACAGGGGCUACUUCUAGAUACUGGUGUGAAUAGUUGCUAAAGGCUUCUGGUGCACAAAAAUUUAAAUGGGUUCAGCUGUGUCAAUGCCACACUUUUCCCCCUCUGUGACCUAUAUGAUUUACUAAUUCUAAAUAUUUUGUAUGUGUUACAAACUAUUACAGACAGCAUGCGAUGUGCAUGCAACACUUGUAUACUUUUUUUUUUUUUCCUGUUUGAGUUUGCAGAGUAGGAAACAUUUGAUUUAUUUUAAUUUUUUUUCUCACACAAUCUGACUAAUUUUGUUAUAAGAAGUUGACACUGGAUUGUAAAUUUGUGUCUGCAAAGAAACACCAAUAAAAAUGUCCCUCUUUUA